CCCAUAAGAAAAGUAUCAAGAAAAAAAAAACAUUACAACAAAAUCAAAAACCAUUGACUCACAUAAUUGAUUCUCAGAUUUCAGACACAACAGAGAACACACCGAACGAUAAUCACAAAGAAAGAAACAAAGCACACCGUUUUGCAUCACAGUGAUUCAGUUCUUUUCGCAUAAGAAAUGGCGUUGCAGUGGAUGAUACUAUCCUAUGUGGUUGCUCUUGAAGCUGUUGUAGCAAUUCUUGUAACCCUUCCUUCACCAAAGCUUUUGAGGAACCGUUUAACCUCUCUCAUUUCACUCGUUCUUCAACCUGCACUUUUCAUUAUACCCUUUGCUGGGUUUCAGCUCCUUGAUAUAUAUUGGAAGAAUGAGCAUAGGUUGAUGUGUACCUCUGAUGUUUGUACUGCUGCGGAGAGAGAUCGAUAUGAGAAAGCUAUAUACAAAUCUCAGAGGAAUGUGAUACUGUGUAUUUCAGCAUGCAUUCUCUACUGGUGUAUAUACCGCGUUUGCAAGUUUCAGAAGGAUAUUCAAAGUAUGGAGGAAGUUGAGAAGAGAUACAAGUCGAAGUAGUUUCAUUUUACAAAUCUAUAUUGUCAUGAUGGUUAGUGGAAGAGAACUUUUGAAGGAUCUUUAGUUGAGUUUUACUUGUAUGAACAUGUCACUACUGUGUAUGUACCAAAGUUGUGUUGUAUGGCACAGACUCAUCAUUCAGAUCUAUGUUUUAAUUUUCUAUUUUGUUAUUGUUGUUGUUUGACUUGUGUGUAGUUUAAUGACUUAACCUAUAUAUAUAGGGGAAAUAAUUUUAUAUUUGCUUUAA